UGAGGGUUAUUUGUUUACAACCCUUUAAAAAUGUAAAAACCAAUCUUUGCUCACAGGCCAUGCAAAAACAGGCUGGAUGUAGCCUGCAGCUAUAGUUAGCUGGCUCUGUUUUAAAUGAACUAUUCUGUUUUGUAGUGUCCUUCCGUAUUUGCGUUGAGACCCAAGAUGACAAGUUUCAUUGGCUCUAUCUAUGUUGACUCAUCAUAGACGGACUUAUAAUCAAGAUCAUUUCGUCACUCGGUUUCCUAGUCACCUUUUUAUAUUUUCUCUUUGCCCUGGGGCUAGAAGUCUCUGUUAAGCAUAGCCAUCAGUUGACAUAGAAAUGGCAGUGCCAGACGUCAACAUUCUACUUUGAGUUAGAUGCUGAAUGGGGGAGAGAAGUUGGACUGGAUUGGGAUAAAGUCCAUGGUUGACACAGACCACAGAUAACUCCUAUGAAAUGAGGCCCAAACCUCGAGCAAGGCACCCACGGCCCUUGUAUCUACUCUUCUCCUGAUACCUCUUCAUGUAUACCCUGUGUCCUUGCCAUUCAAGUAACUUGCAGAGCCCUGGGUGGGCCGCACUCUCUCUCACCAGUGGUGGGGUUGUUCCACACAAAGUUUAAAUAUCUGUCUCUUCCCUGGAGCCCUUCCUCAUUUAUUGGACAGAGAUGCCGGCACCUCCAUCUCUAUGUUUGCACAGGAGUUUAUAAAUGAAGCAUUUAGAGGUCUAGAGAAAUGUGGUGAUUCCCCAUUGGCAAAUAUUACCUUUCAAAAGUGGGGAACAGUUGUAUUCUUCUUUGUAUAAUAACUUCAUCUUGCCUUACAUCUCUAAACCAGCCAGAGAAUCAAGCACAAAACAAUUCCAGGGCCUUGGAUGCGAUACACAGUGUAGCAGAGUACAUACGUGUAUGGGCUUUGAAGUCAGGCUGAGCUGAGCUCUAGUUCUUUGCUUUCCCACUUACCUGCUGCAAGUUCCCCAUCUGUAAAGUAGGGAGUAAGAAUGACCUUUCAAUUGUUAGGAAUAAAUGGGAUUUCCCUCUGUAAAGCAUUUAGUUCAGAGUCUGACAUGUAGUAAUUGCUCGAUAAAUGGUAACUUUUAUUAAUUCUAGAGCAUUUAUUGAGAACCUACUAUGCCUAGGAUAAUUCCUGACCAAUACAAGAGAGACAGUCUCCAUGGAGAUGUGAUCGGUAAGGUGGUGGAGACUCAGAGUGAUGGAUGGGCUCCCUUUGAUUGGUGGUCCAGGAAGCCUCUAGGAGGAGGAGGUGGCAACAUUUAAACUGAGACCUUAAUGAUAUUGAUGAGUUCCUGUUUUAUCAGAUCUAAGAUAUCUUUGAAAUAUUUCAAUUUUUAAUGAAAUAUACAGUUUUAAAAUGUUCCACUUUAAAAUGUACCACAAAGAAAGAAAAACUACUGUCAAUAAAAUUGGCACCAUCUACUGUAAGUUGCAUCCAUAAGUUGUGAAAAGUGUGUUCUAGCAUCAGUGAAGUGUGUUCAUUGUAUUUGUGCUCAAUAAAUACCCAUUGAAUAAAUGAGUGUUACUCUUUGAUUGCAUACAACAUUCUGCUACCAGACUGUGAUUGAAUUUCUUCCCUCUGUUUCUUAGCUCUGGGGUGUUGACUUAGACCUGAGAAAAAUAAUAAUAUAGUACAUAAAAGUAUUGCAAGCCAUUUAUGAUCUAAUGUAUUUUUAAAAAUAGUUUAAAACAUUCACUUUGGUGAAACCUUCACUUUGAUUGCCAAAGUGUGUCAGGGAAUCCUGUUUACGUAAAAUUGGCCUACACAUAACUUGUGUAGGAGUGCAGUUGAGCAGCUCUUGCAGCCGGAUAAUUCCUUUUGGCAGCUGUCUGCAGAGAUGUGUGAAACCUUAAUGCACAUAAAUGCCAUCUGAAGGGCAACAAAGGCAUUAGCUCCAGCCUUCCUUCUGUUUUAUAGAUUUAAUUUAACAUAAAUACUCCUUCUCUCCUCCCUAUCCCACGAGCUGAGGUCCCUCUGACCCAGUAGGUCCUUUGGAACAGUGAAAUGGAGGAGGCUCCAUUUAGAUCCAACCCCUUCCCAGCUCUGGCAAGCCUCCAGCUUUUCACACUCCAAGCUGGGUUCUCUUCCAAUAUUUCCCCAUCCUCCUCCCUGUUUAGAGAGUAAAAUACUGCUGAAGUCUUUGCUUUUUCUGACCACCCUCUAAACUCUGAAUCCUAGUCAAGACCUGUUUUCUGCGCUCACUUUAGAGCCUGUUGACCCUCUCUAGCUUUUCUCUUCGUAUCCAAGUUCCCUUUAACUCCUCAGUUUCUGGAUGAUUCAGUGGAAGUCUUGACAAAACUUGGCUAUUUCUGGCUGUAAUCAAGUAUGCAUUCAUGCUGUUUUGAUUUUCAAUUCAACAUGUCACCCAAGCCCCUGGCACUCAGCAGCACUCAGGGGCACGCUGGCUCACAUGGUGAUUGGGUCCUUCUGGAAUCUGUUCCUUUAGGGCAUUCUUCAGCUCCUCCCACCCUCUCCCAACUCUGCCAGGGAAGCCAGAGCAAAGCCCCUUCCUGCACCCUGUCUGACAGGGAGGGUUAGUCAGCACUUGGCCAAGAAAGAAGGAAGCAAAGCGUGGACCCGUUUUCCUUCCUGAGCUACCCCCUUCCCUUCCCUCCAACUUCUCGUGUGAUUAAAGGCCCUUGUGUUUUAAGAAUUCUUCAGAACGGACACCAACUCUGGCUGAAAUUGGAGUCUUUGGAAACAAGUAGAAGCAAAGGAGAAGUCAUUUAUUCAACUCAAAGGAACAUCAUUUCGUCACAAUACUUAGUGAUAUCUGACCUUGAAGCUGAAACAGCAAGGAAAGAAAUGUGAAGAUAAUGAUUUUGUACACAUGGAACCCUCAUGGUCCACAGAACUUAUCUGAAAAUGGAAGCAAAUAUUAUGAAGUUCUGAGAACUGAGCUAUGAUGAGUUCUAUCACAGCAAUGACUUUUGAAAUCCAGAAAGCCCCUGAGGAACAGAAGGAGACUGGUUUUGCCUUAUGAUCUGUCAUGUAUCAGAAUGUGAUACUGUCUAAUACUAUAGUUUAAGACAUUUCUAACUAGGGAGUGAACAGGUAUUUAUUCUUCUUACAGAAAUAAAGAAGAGAAUACAUUUCUGUACUAGCUAAAGUCAUAACAGCUAGCAAUAACUAUUCUAAAAAUCUCCCUGGUUUUGGAUUACUAAUAUAUGCAGAAGAUAUGCUUGGCAAAUGUUCAGAAACUAUAUGCCAUAUCGUUAAUGAGAAAAUUAUUACUCGAUGCUUCAAUAUGCAUAAUACAGACAGCAAUUGAAUCUAAUAUUUUCUUUUAUUUGCUUACCUAUUAUAGUACUAGUUCAAGUUGGUUUCUGGGAUAUUAUGAAAAAAACUGUGCAUGGAAAAGAUAAGUUUGUUUUUCUAAGAUCUGAAUACUCAGUUGAAAUGCGGGAAUAGUGUAGAAAUUGGGCAGUCUCUAUGUUAUUUGGAAGUUACUUGAAAACGCCUUCUAAAAUGGGGAUAAGAUGAUACAGUAAAGACGUUAUAAGGUUUAACUGCAUAAUAUAUGUAUGACAUCUAGUACAAAGGAAGCCUUUGAUAAAUAGUGGGUAUCUUAUUGUGUUUACUGGUUGUCACACAUAAGUUUUAUUCCGUUACUAGAUGGCUGGAAUAAUAAACCAACAUGAAAAUAACUGGGGAAAACAGUCUAGGUGUUAGAACAAGGGCGUUAAGUUUCCUAAGGCAAAAGUCAAUGGUGAGAGGGGGCAAAGGGAACACAUUUUUGCUUGACUGUAGUAGAGACCCAAUGUUCAUUACACUUGGGAAUUGAGAUUAAAAUUAGUUUGUUCAACACAUGUCCCUUUCUAAGUUCUGGAGAUUCAAUGUUGAACAAAACAGACCAAACCUAGAAUGAAGAGGAAACCCUACAUAAGACAAGUACUUUGAAGAAAAUUACACAGGGAAAUGGGGUGGGGCACUGUAUUUGCUUGGGUGGUCAGAAAGGCCUAUCUGGAGAAGUAACAUUUCAGCCAAGGUUUAAAUCAUAAGGAGUGAUCUUGAGAAGAUUCGAGGGAAGAAUAUGCUAGACUGGGGAAGAGAGUUAAGUAGGGCAGGCCUUAGAGAGAAAUAAGCUCCAUGAGUUCUAGAAAAAGCAAGGCAGCCGGUGUGUGUGUGUGGAGGAGGAGCAGUAAGCAGGAGAUGAGGUGGGAGAAGCAGGCAUGGCUGGGUUAUGCAGGUCUUUAUAACAUCAAAGACCUUUGCCACAGCUUGGCAGUGUGAUGCAAAGCUACGGGAGGAUUUGAAGCAGGGGAGUAACAUAACCUGAUGGAUGCACAAUUACCACUCUGCCUGCUGUGCAGGAAAAGAGCUGUCAUGGAAAGUUCUGGAAGCAGGUAGAGCUGUUGGGAAUCCAUGCAGUGGUACAGAGAAGGAGGAUGGUAGCAGAGGAGGUGGUGAAAAAUGCAUUGGUUCAGAACUGGCAUGUCGGCCAAGACAAGGCAGCCACAGGAGAAAGAACGUGUGGGGCUUGGACAGCGUAGCUACUGUUGCUGGCUCUGCCCCACCUGUUCACGGUCACCGUUUCCCACGUCCAGCAUCCUCGCUCCUUUAGUUCCCCAAGAAAAGUACCCAAAGCGGCUCAUGGCUCCGGGUGAUGCUGUGACGCGAUGCUGGGUGAACUCCCCUCACCACAAGCACCUACGAAGCAGGUACGCCUUCCUUUCAGCUCCCUGGCAUCCUGGGUACCUCUAUUUUAGCUCUUUCCUUCUUUCCUUCUUUCUUUCUUUUUUUCUCUCACUCUGUCACCCAGGCUGGAGUGCAGUGGUGCGAUCUCAGCUCACUGCAACGUCUGCCUCCUGGGUUCGAGCGAUUUUCCUGCCUCAGCCUCCCGAGUAGCUGGGAUUACAGGCACCUGCCAGCAUGCUUGGCUAAUUUUUGUAUUUUUAGUGGAGAUGGGGUUUCACCAUAUUGGCCAGGCUGGUCCCGAACUCCUGACCUUAAGUGAUCCACCUGCUUCGGCCUCCCAAAGUGUUGGGAUUACAGGUGUGAGCCACUGCAUCUGACCUAUUCUAGCACUUUCUAUGUGGUAUUUUUGGUAACCAUUUCGUUGUCCACCUUCCCUCACUAGACUACAAGCUCCUUGAUAGCAAGCAUUGAAAAAAAUAAUUUUUCUUUUUACUAGUUGAAAUUAGCUUUAAGAAAUUUAAGUUUAAAAAAAUCACAAAUUAAUUGAGGAAUAGCAAUUCUGAGUAGGUAGCUAAAUAUUUAAAUAGGAAAGAAGAGGAAGGAAAAAGAAGGAAAAGGAAGGAAAGCAAAGAAAAACCCACUAGAGCAAUCCAACAGAGCCCUGGGUUAACUCUUUAAAAAGGUUUCUUUAGAAAUUGUUUUUGUUUGAAUGAUUUUCUGUAAUGGGAGUCAAGUAACUCCAUUGGUUUAAAGGUUUUAUAGGUCUAUAAUAAAUGUGGGGCUCUAUAAUAUGUAUGUUUCUUCCCUUUCACUGGUUUAUUGUAGAGUUGCAAACUCAACAGGGAUUGUGUUUAUUCUGGAACAGACACAGCUAUCAGAUAAAUUGUAGAGGAAAGGAGUGUGAAUAUCUAUGGAUAUUGCCCUGGCCCUUAAGAAGGUGAAAACUGAUGAGAAGAGUCUGUGGGUGAAGACAUUGAAAAGGUUUCAACUAUAAAAAUGGGCACCAGUUGCGUCUUGAAGUGCCAUCAGCUGUAACCAAAGUUCCAGAUCCCAAGACGACAGCCAGGCGUUCCUGCCCUCAAGAACUGAAGACAAUGGAGCUCUCUGAUAGUGACCGACCCGUCAGCUUCGGUUCCACAUCAUCCUCGGCCUCUUCCCGCGACAGCCAUGGUUCCUUCGGCAGCAGAAUGACCUUAGUUUCAAAUAGCCACAUGGGCUUGUUUAACCAGGAUAAGGAGGUAGGGGCCAUAAAACUGGAGCUGAUUCCUGCCAGGCCGUUUUCCAGCAGCGAGCUGCAGAGGGACAACCCUGCCACGGGGCAACAGAACGCGGAUGAGGGCAGCGAAAGGCCACCCAGAGCGCAGUGGAGAGUGGACUCAAACGGGGCACCCAAGACGACCGCAGACUCGGCCACGAGCCCCAAGCUCCUCUAUGUGGAUAGAGUUGUUCAGGAAAUUCUGGAAACCGAAAGGACUUAUGUACAAGAUUUAAAAAGCAUCGUAGAGGAUUACCUUGACUGCAUCAGGGACCAAACAAAACUUCCCCUGGGGACCGAAGAAAGAUCAGCCCUUUUUGGAAACAUACAGGAUAUCUACCACUUCAAUAGUGAACUUCUGCAAGAUUUGGAAAACUGUGAAAAUGAUCCUGUGGCCAUAGCAGAGUGUUUUGUGUCCAAGAGUGAAGAGUUCCACAUUUAUACCCAGUAUUGCACUAACUAUCCAAGGUCCGUGGCUGUGCUAACAGAGUGUAUGAGGAACAAGAUACUGGCCAAAUUCUUCAGGGAACGUCAGGAAACUCUGAAACACUCACUGCCUCUGGGGUCCUAUCUCUUGAAACCAGUUCAGCGGAUUCUCAAGUAUCAUCUCCUUUUGCAUGAAAUAGAAAACCACCUUGAUAAGGACACAGAAGGCUAUGAUGUGGUGCUUGAUGCUAUAGACACAAUGCAGCGAGUCGCCUGGCAUAUCAAUGACAUGAAGCGGAAACACGAGCACGCGGUCCGGUUACAGGAGAUACAGAGUUUGCUCACUAACUGGAAGGGGCCAGACCUGACCAGCUACGGGGAACUGGUGCUUGAGGGAACCUUCCGCAUCCAGCGAGCCAAGAAUGAGCGGACGCUCUUCCUCUUCGACAAGCUGCUGCUCAUCACGAAGAAGAGAGAUGACACGUUUACAUACAAAGCUCACAUCCUGUGUGGCAACCUCAUGCUUGUGGAGGUGAUUCCAAAAGAGCCGCUCAGCUUCAGCGUCUUCCACUACAAGAAUCCCAAGCUGCAGCACACAGUCCAGGCCAAAUCCCAGCAAGACAAACGCCUCUGGGUUCUGCACCUAAAGAGACUGAUUCUGGAGAACCAUGCAGCCAAGAUUCCAGCUAAGGCCAAGCAAGCAAUCCUUGAAAUGGAUGCCAUUCAUCAUCCAGGCUUCUGUUACAGUCCUGAGGGAGAGACGAAAGCACUGUUUGGCUCUAAAGAAGGUUCUGCUCCAUAUCGGCUGAGAAGAAAAUCUGAACCUUCCUCACGGUCACAUAAAGUUUUGAAGACCAGUGAAACAGCACAAGACAUCCAAAAGGUUUCUAGAGAGGAAGGAUCUCCCCAGCUGUCUUCAGCAAGGCCGUCUCCUGCCCAGAGAAAUAGUCAGCCUAGCAGUUCUACCAUGAUCAGCGUGCUUCGAGCGGGUGGAGCUCUCAGAAACAUCUGGACCGAUCACCAGAUCAGGCAAGCCUUGUUUCCCAGCCGACGGUCCCCGCAGGAGAAUGAGGAUGACGAAGAUGAUUAUCAGAUGUUCGUGCCGUCAUUUUCCUCCUCAGAUCUGAACUCUACCAGACUAUGUGAAGAUAGCACUUCUAGUCGCCCUUGCAGCUGGCAUAUGGGACAGAUGGAGUCCACAGAGACCUCCAGCUCUGGUCACAGGAUUGUCAGGCGGGCCAGCAGUGCUGGGGAGAGCAACACGUGCCCUCCUGAAAUAGGAACUAGUGACAGAACUAGGGAACUGCAGAACGGCCCCAAAACAGAAGGGCAGGAGGAGAUGACUCCCUUUGGGUCAUCCAUAGAGUUGACUAUUGAUGACAUAGACCAUGUCUAUGAUAACAUCAGUUAUGAGGACUUAAAACUAAUGGUUGCUAAGCGGGAAGAAGCUGAAUCCACUCCCUCUAAAUCAGGCAGGGACUCCGUUCGCCCCAAGAGCACCCCAGAGUUAGCCUUCACAAAGAGGCAAGCUGGCCACAGUAAGGGCUCUCUUUACGCACAAACAGAUGGCACCCUCUCAGGUGGAGAGGCAUCCAGCCAAAGCACGCACGAACUCCAAGCGGUUGAGGAGAACAUCUAUGACACCAUAGGGCUCCCAGAUCCUCCGUCGCUGGGUUUUAAGUGCAGCAGCCUAAAGCGUGCAAAGCGGAGCACCUUUUUGGGUCUGGAGGCCGACUUCGUGUGCUGUGACAGCCUGAGGCCAUUUGUUUCCCAAGACAGCCUCCAGUUCAGUGAGGACGAAGCCCCUUACCAUCAGGCCACCCCCGAUCAUGGUUAUCUGAGUUUGCUGUAUGACUCUCCCAGCGGUAACUUGUCUAUGCCUCAUAAGCCUGUAUCUGAUAAACUGUCCGAAGAAGUAGAUGAAAUCUGGAAUGACCUGGAAAAUUACAUCAAGAAAAAUGAAGACAAGGCCAGAGACCGUCUCCUGGCAGCGUUUCCUGUGAGCAAGGAUGAUGUGCCAGACAGGCUGCACGCAGAGAGCACCCCUGAGCUGAGCCGGGACGUGGGGCGCUCUGUGUCCACGCUGUCCCUGCCUGAGAGCCAGGCUCUCCUCACGCCCGUGAAGAGCAGGGCUGGCAGAGCCAGCCGCGCCAACUGCCCCUUUGAGGAAGACCUGAUUUCUAAAGAAGACUCCUUUAUGAGCCUUAACCGGCUUUCUCUGGCUAGUGAAAUGCCCCUCAUGGACAAUCCCUACGACCUGGCCAACAGUGGCCUGUCUCAAACAGACCCAGAAAACCCUGACCUGGGGAUGGAGGCCACAGAUAAGACAAAAAGCAGGGUGUUUAUGAUGGCUCGGCAGUACAGUCAGAAGAUUAAGAAGGCGAAUCAACUUUUAAAAGUGAAAAGUCUGGAGCUGGAGCAGCCGCCGGCCAGUCAGCAUCAGAAAUCCAUGCACAAAGACCUGGCUGCCAUCUUGGAAGAGAAGAAGCAGGGAGGGCCCGCCAUUGGUGCCAGGAUUGCUGAGUAUUCCCAGUUGUAUGACCAGAUUGUAUUCAGAGAGUCUCCCUUGAAAAUUCAGAAGGAUGGCUGGGCCAGCCCUCAAGAAUCCUCCCUCCUGAGGUCUGCGUCACCUUCCCAGGUCCACCAUGGUAGUGAAGACUGGCUUCUGCAUUCAACCUAUAGUAAUGGAGAGUUAGCAGAUUUCUGUCUCCCACCAGAGCAAGACUUGAGGUCAAGAUAUCCCACGUUUGAGAUCAAUACAAAAAGUACUCCCAGGCAAUUGUCCGCAGCUUGCUCUGUGCCUUCUCUUCAAACCUCUGACCCUCUGCCAAGCUCUGUGCAGAGAUGCAGCGUGGUAGUAAGUCAGCCCAACAAAGAGAACUGGUGUCAGGACCAUCUUUACAACUCCUUGGGUCGGAAAGGGAUCAGCGCUAAAUCUCAGCCUUAUCACAGGUCCCAGUCAUCUUCCUCCGUCUUGAUCAACAAAUCAAUGGAUUCCAUCAACUACCCUAGUGAUGUGGGAAAGCAGCAGCUGCUGUCUUUACACAGAAGUUCAAGGUGUGAGAGUCACCAGGACUUGCUGCCAGAUAUUGCUGACUCGCAUCAACAGGGCACUGAAAAACUCUCAGAUCUCACACUCCAAGACUCACAGAAAGUUGUGGUGGUCAAUAGAAAUUUACCCUUAAAUGCCCAAAUUGCAACACAGAAUUAUUUUUCCAAUUUCAAAGAGACUGAUGGAGAUGAAGAUGACUAUGUGGAAAUCAAGUCAGAAGAAGAUGAGUCAGAGUUGGAGCUAUCUCACAAUCGUAGAAGGAAAUCUGACUCAAAGUUUGUGGAUGCUGACUUUUCUGAUAAUGUCUGCAGCGGCAACACAUCGCAUUCUUUGAAUAGUCCGCGCACUCCAAAAAAGCCGGUUAACAGCAAACUUGGCCUUUCACCAUAUCUGACACCAUAUAAUGAUUCUGACAAACUGAAUGACUAUCUUUGGAGGGGGCCAUCUCCCAAUCAACAAAAUAUUGUCCAGUCUCUAAGGGAAAAAUUUCAGUGUCUCAGUUCAAGCAGCUUUGCUUAAGGUUCUUCAUAAUAACUGCUUGAAUCAACUUCUUAUUUUGCUCAUAAAACGUUACAGAUACUGAUGAGGUGUUUUAUGUAUACCAGAUUAAAACAAUUUUGUAAGAACCAGAGGUGUAAAAUAUACUUUCUUUUACAGCACAACUUUUUGAAAUGGCUGACGAUGCAGCCCGGAUUGUACUGUAGCACAUGUUGGCAUCAACAGUAUAUUUUCUCAUGCUGAGUGUCUUCAUGUUUCAUGUAAGUCAAUCUUACUUGAAAGUUUUUAGACUUUUAACACGAUGGCCAUAACCUGACAAUAGUGCCCACACCUUAAGAAAUGCAAUAAUCCUUUCCUGUUAUCCAGAAGGCCCAGGUAGUUUUAUCCUGUGACUCAAAGGCAGCAAGGAGACUUUUUCACAUUUUAAAAGGCAACGAAAGCUGUUGAAAGAAUUAUGCUUAUAUCUCACAUUUUGGUUAUAUUUGUGGUAACACCUUAGGAUAACGUAAGCCAGAGAUCUGUAAUUGGACUGCAGUCUGAGGUGCCCAUUUUAGGGUUUUUGUGCUAGUAUUCUUUUAUGUCAUUUUGAUGCAGAAAUUGUGUGACUGUUGAAAAUUAAAAUGUGGCGGGACCCAUUUUCUGUACGCAGAACCCUUUACCUGUAUUCCUGGACAAGGCCUAGAGAACGAGCUGCUCAUCAUGUUUCUAAUAUAAUUUCUGGGGUGAAAUGAAUGAUUUCCUUACUGGCUUAGAGAAAACCAAGGUCAAUAAAAUGCAGAUUGACUUAACUAUUAGAAAAGAUGGGAUGACUUCUGGGAACCACUUAACUCUUCAAAUGACAGUUGAAAGAGAAAAAGCAGAACUGAAAUCCCACCAGACCAUUUUGUGUGCCUGUUUCUAAUCAAUACAAAGUUAAGCAUGAGCUAAAAUCAGACAAAGCACUUUAAAUUUAUCCUUUCCAGCUUUGCACAUGCACCCUCCUGAGUUUGGGAUUCUGCCAAAUGACCAACUUGAUCCUGGCCCUGAGGAGUCACUGGCUGCAGGAAUAGGGCAAGAAUCUAUUUCCUAAACUACACAUAACAUGGGAGCCUUUUUUUCGUUGUUUUCAGGUAUAUUAAAGAAUGAAAUCUUUGGUUACUAGGUGCUGACUAAUAACACCUUUUAUAUUCUGACCAUUUGUCACAUUUCAUUGUGAUACUGUAUACUGAUCUAACUCCUUAUGAAAGGCAACAAACAAAAACAAGACAUUGAAUAAAAAAAAAAUCAAGCUAAAGAGAAAAAUGAAGGCAGAUAUAUUGCAACUUUAUGAACAUAUUCUAUUUUAUUGAAGACUGCAAUUAAUGCAGCAAGAAUGCUUUCUCAAGCGGUGGCCUUUGUAUUCUCAUUUUAAUCAGGUGUACAUUCUAUGGCCUCUCCCCCAUGCUGUUAGUUUCUAUUUUAAAAGAUACAAUAAUAUAUGUAGGGAAAGGGGCCUGGGCUCUUCAUUUAAAGGUAAGCAGUAAUAUUGAGUAAGUGACAUAAUUCUUUUUCUCUUUGUUAAGUCCUAUGCCUCUUUUUCUUAACUGUAAAACAUAGAAUAUGAGCGUUUUUAUCUUACAAAUAGGUACCUAAGGCAUGUGAUUUUAUUUUUAAAUAACAAAAAAUAACCCAAGUUUCUUGCUUCUCCAAAGUAUUCUUCUCAUAGCUUAUAAAAGAAAGUCCACAUUGAAUAGCAUGGUCUGGAAACAUUCCUUCUUUAUUGUCUUUAUUUGAACAUGAUACGAGUUUCCAAGAUGAAAUGAUCGAAAAAGAUAAGUACCACAAGAAAGUUUUUUGUGUUUGUUUGUUUUUUUCUUGAGACUGAGUCUCUCUCUGUUGCCCAAGCUGGAGUGCAAUCUUGGCUCACUGCAGCCUCCACCUCCCCAGUUCCAGCGAUUCUCCUGCCUCAGCCUCUUGAGUAGCUGGAAUUACAGGUGCCUGCCACCACACCUGGCUAAUUUUUGUGUUGUUAGUAGAGGCGGGGUUUCAUCAUGUUGGCCAGGCUGGUCUCGAACUCCUGAUCUCAUGAUCCGUCUGCCUCGGCCUUCCAGAGUGCUGGGAUUACAGGCAUGAGCCACUGCGCCCGGCCAAGAAAGUAUGUUUUUAGAGGUGUGUGUAAGUGCAUUUGUAUUACCUAUGAACAAAAUUACCUGACUCUUGUCCCAGGAAAGCUGUUUCGCAUUUUCGCUUUUUGAUUGGUAUUAUCCAAUUCUAUAUAGUUCAUAUUAUUGUUCUGUCUGACUCUCAGAAAUUACUUCUUCACGCCAGUGUCUUGUUGCAUGACUUUGAUGUCACCUAUAGGAAUACACCUCACUGCACGUAAGUGGGUAUCUUACUGUAUAAAAGGUCUACAUGGCUUUAGGUUUUAGGACAAAUGUGUAGAUUUAUAGAUCAUUUCUGUUGGCCAGGACACAGAUUUUGAGAGCUGUGUGUAUAUAUAUAUAAUCAUGUUUGUAUUUUUUUCUUGAAAGUUAUCAAUUGCUUUUGUUUAAAAUAGUUUGUUUUAGAGGUGGGGUGGGGAUGUAUAUAACGGGGAAAAGUUAUAUGUACUUUAAAGUAUGUCAAGUUCUUACUAGUUUCCUGUACUGAAGGUUCAAUUUUUUUUAUAUAAGUUUACUUUUCACCUGCUCUAUUCUUUGUGGGGAAAAAAUGCAUCUAGAGAAACAUAGUUUAAAUACUGUAUAUAAGAUAAUGAAAGUAACGUCCAUUAUUUAAUAAAGUUUGUAAAGUACAAGGUAA